UGCUUGGGGUUGCCAACUUUUUUGUUGGGUGUAUUCCUGGCGGCUUCAUCAUCUCUCAACCCGCUACCUAACAGUCAAGCAGCCUGCCGCAAUGUUUUAUAUAAUUAACAAAAGUGUUGAAGGAAAUUUAAAAAAAGAAUCUUUAGUGACCCAUGAUCUUUCUGUCAGGUGGGAGACUCCAGGGCCAUCCUGGAGGUUUGUGGCAACCCCUCCCGCCAUAUGCAGCCUCCCAAGAUGGCGGGCCGGCUUUGGUGGCUGGUCUGUCCGGGUCGCGGGAGCCUGGUCCCCGGUCCUGGCCUAAGCCGCGGAUACCGAAGGCCCGGGGCCCCAGUCCACAAGCCGCCCCCCUGGAAGUGGCUGAGCUGGGACUGGCGGAAGGGCCUGGAGAGUGUGGGCCGGCACUGGAGCCUCCUGCAGGAGGAGGCAUUGGGGCGGCUGCGGGGCCCUGAGGGCCGCUCCCUCCGCCUGGAACUGCAGGAACAGAGCCGCCUCCUGUGGCAGGCCCAGGGCCCGGACAGCCUGAAACACUGGCGGGUCUCCAGUGACCAGGAGAUUGGCGGCCGGAGCCGGGCCCGACUUAGCGUUGGCGGUAACGGGCGGACGGCACUGCUGACUGGGGAGCUCAGCACGGAGCCGCCCCGGGACGGGGAAACGCGAUACAGCGGCUACUGCAGCCUCAGGAGCCGUCCGCUCAAGGGUGCCUUUGACCUCAAGAAAUACUAUGACCUGUCGAAUUUCAACACACUGCACUUGCGGGUCCGAGGGGAUGGCCGACCCUGGAUGGUGAACAUCAGCAGUGAGAUGUACUUCACUCAUCAGAAGGAUGACCUCUACAAUUAUUUCCUCUUCACCCAGGGAGGCCCCUAUUGGCAGGAUGUGAAGAUUCCGUUCUCCAAGUUUUUCCUGUCCAGUCGGGGUCGAAUCCAGGAUAACCAGCACCCAUUGUGGUUGGACAAGAUCAACACAAUUGGCUUCACACUGGGUGACAAGGUGGAUGGGCCAUUCCAACUGGAAAUUGACUUCAUUGCUGUGUGCAAUGACCGGGCUCACACUGAGGAAUUUGCCUAUGAGAAAUACAAAAGGAACCCAGAGGUAUAACUAGAUUCAUAGGGCUGUAUAACCUCAGACCAACCUGCACAGGCUAUAAAUAGGAGCACUUGCCUGUGCUUAGCGAAGAUCUUUUCUGGUGGCUGUGCUGACUGUGUACUUCUUCAGCCCAUUUGAAGAGAGCAUUGAUGGACUCUGCAGCAAUAACAUCUCACCUGGAUCUUGGAGCGUUGAAUGUAUAUGAAGAAGUUGUAAUAAAGUUUGUCUUUGUAA